AUGGCCAAGGACACAGAGGAAUCUGCAGAGAUUUUUGGAGAGAUUAACCUCACUCUCGGCAUGCUGAACAAGGAAGAUAAUAUUAGCAAGGAAGACAUUUAUGGUCAUCUCACUUCCGUUAUUCAGAAUACUGAUGUCUUGGAUGAUGCAAUUGUCCAAAGGUUGAUUUAUUACACUUCUAAGGACAUGAGAGAUGACAAUAUAAGUUUCAUCCUUGAUGAUGAGUCAAUCCUCAGAGAAAUCAGAAUGCUAGCUGGGGAGGUGUUGGUGUCUCUCGCUGCACAUGAUUUCAACUCUGUGAUGUAUGAAGUACAAAGUAACUUCAGGAUCCUGGAGCUACCAAAUGAAUUCGUUGUGCUUGCCCUGGCUGAACUGGCAAAGAGCUUCGUGUCCCAGAGCAUUCCCUUCAUGAUGAUGACCCUGCUCACCAUGCAAACCAUGCUCAGGCUGGCCGAGGAGGAAAGGAUGAAGGGAGCUUUCUGUAUCGCCCUUGAGAAGUUCAGCAGAGCCAUUUACAAGGAUGUCAACCACUGGAGAGACUUCCCCUACCCCAGAUUGGAUGCCAAUCGCCUCUCUGACAAAAUCUUCAUGCUGUUCCGGUAUAUCAUGGACAAGUGGGCCGCCAUGACCUUGCCCACACAAAUUUUGGCCAUCAUUAAGGCUCUCGGCCCCACAGUGAGCCUGCUGCUGCAUCAGGAAGACCUCUGUGAAUACACCCUGGGCCAGGUCCCUUGGCUCCUGAAGCAGUAUAAAGACAAAGAGAUUGAUUUCCACGUCACUCAGAGUCUAAGACAGAUACUGACCGCGGCAGUCCUUUAUGACGUUAGCCUUCCAAAGGCCUUGAGGAAGACCAUCUUUAUCAAUUUACUCCACCAGGUGUGCAGAGUUCUAGAUCCUCCAGUAAAGGAAAAUGAAAUCGAAGCUUCGGACUGUUUCCUCAUUCUAGCCCAUUCCAGCCCUGCGGACCUGAUAGAAUUUUUUGAUGAACAAAUGAGAAGUAAUAAUGAAGCCACUUGAAUGGGAAUCUUGACUUUGUUAAGAUCGGCUAUCAGUGCUGAAGAGCCCAAGUUGAGGGAUCACAUCACUUCAAUUGAAAAAACAGUCAAAGUCGUCAUGGGCGACCUCAGUAUUAAAGUGAGGAAUUCCGCCCUUCUCCUCAUCCAAACCAUGUGUGAAAAACGUUACAUUGAAGCCCAGGAAGGCUGGCCACUGAUUGACUACAUCUUCUCUCAGUUUGCAAUGUCCAACAAGAAUCUGGAGAAACCAAUAAAACCUAACUCCCAGGAGACCGAAAAGGGAGAGAAAUGUAUCCAAGAAACAAGCCUGGAGGUCCUAAAAACCCUGGACCCACUGAUCAUUGGAAUGCCUCAGGUGCUAUGGCCAAGAAUCCUGACUUUUCUGGUACCUGCAGAAUAUACGGGAACGCUGAAAUACCUGUUUAAUAUCAUCAGAAUUCUGUUUACGGCAGAGGAGAGGAAGAAGAAUAAUGCCAAGGAGUCAACAGCACUUGCCAUCUCUGCAGGAGCUGUGAAACUUCCUUCACCACAAAAGCUACAGGCCAGACUUCUGGUAAUAUCUGUGCUCGCCAGUUUAGGGAAAUUACAUGGGGUCGGUGCAAUAGGACUUUUGAAGAUAUUGCCUGAGAUAAUUCACCCAAAUUUGGUAGAGCUAUGGAAAACACACAUACCUGAGCUCCUGCAGCCUCUGGAAGGAAAGAACAUUAGUAUCGUGCUGUGGGAGACCAUGCUGCUUCAGUUGCUCAAAGAGUCAUUACGGAAGAUCAAUGACGUAGCCUGGACCAUUCAACUGAGUCGGGAUUUCAACCAGCAACUGGACAGUUACGGCAACACCUCUGUUGAGAAGAAAUUUCUUUGGAAAGCCUUGGGAACCACCUUAGCAUCCUGCCAAGACAAAGACUUUGUAAGCUCACAGAUUAAGGAAGCUCUGGCUGCUCCCAACCACCUGGGGGAUCAACGCCAGGGAAUAACAUCUAUCUUAGGAUACUGUGCCGAGAACCACUUUGAAAUUGUUUUAAAAGUUCUUAAAACAUUCCAAGGUAGGGAAAAGUUUUUCAUGAAUCGAUGCAAGGGUAUUUUCUCUGGGAAAAAGAGUCACAAGACUGACGUCAUGGUAAUCUAUGGAGCCGUGGCCCUCCAUGCUCCCAAGAGGCAGCUCCUCCCCAGGCUUGAUCAAGACAUUGUAUCCCAAGUCCUGUUUCUUUAUGGCCAGUGCUCUCAGGUUCUGGGCAUGGCUGUGAUGAACAAGGACAUGGAUCUGCAGAUGAGUUUUAUAAGAAGUAUCACGGAAAUUGGCAUUGCUGUCCAAGAUGCUGAGGAUGAGAAGUUCAAGUUUUCCUACAAGGAGGUGCUGCUGGGUUACAUGCUGGACUUCAUCAGGGACGAGCCCCUGGAUUCCUUGGCUAGCCCUGUUCGGUGGAAAGUCUUAAUCGCCAUCAGAUACCUCAGUAAACUGAAACCUCAGCUCUCACUGAAUGACCAUCUUAAUAUUCUUGAGAAGAAGCUGCUGCCCCUUCCACCUCUGGAAAAACUCAAAAAUGAAGGCAAGACAGACAAGGACACGGAGCACAUUCAGUUUCUCUACGAACAAUCCAUGGAUGCUCUGGAGAAGCUGCUGAGGACCAUGAUGUGGGAUAACGUGAAAGCAGAGGACUGUCAAGAAAUGGUCAACGUGAGUAGGGCCACUGCUCAAACUGACUCCCAUAGUCCCUAGGAAAGAGCCUUCCAGAUCACCGCGAAAGUGCUGACAAAUGAUAGUGAGGCACCAGAGAACUUUAAAAUCGGCUCACUCCUCGGCCUCCUGGUUCCUCACUCCUGUGACACCCUGCCCUCCAUCUGCCAGGCGGCUGCUAGCUCGGCUAUUAGUCUGUUCUGCAUAAAAGGCAUUCGCCUGGAAAUGGAAAGACUACAGGAUUUGCAGGAAGGGCUGCAAUGUGAUGAUGUGCAGGUCCAGAUUAAGAUUUCCUCCAAAAUAGCAAAGAUUGUCAGUAGACUCAUCCCAAGUGAAGAAAUGCUCAUGUUCCUGGGGGAAACCCUGGAUGGUCUGGAGAGCCUCAACCCCACAUGCACAAAGGCAUGUGGCAUCUCGAUGAUCGCUGCCCUGAAGGAGCAGGGAGCUGCUUUAGAAGAUCAGCUGUUGGAGAUCUUGGGCAUAACUUACCAUCACAUGCCAGUCCUCAGACAAAAGGAGGAAAGUUUUCAGUUUAUGCUGGAAGCCAUCUCCCAAAUAGCCAGCUUUCACAUGGAUGCAGUUGUUGCCAACCUUCUACAGAACCCUCUGCCCUUUGACAGGGACACAAAGACACUGUGGAAGGCUCUGGCUGAGAACCCAGACUCCAGUGGCAAACUCUUGCGAGCCUUAAUAGACAAACUGGAGAAGGAGUUAGAAGAUGACCUCGCAGGGACAGAGGCGAUCUCCGUGGCCUGUGCAAUUUAUGAAGUGGUGUCGACAGGCAACCCUGUAGCAGGCCUGUACCCAAAGCUGUUCGCCCUUUUCCUGAAGCUGGUCAGCUGCACACUGGACCAGAAGAUGCCCACGUCAACCCUAAACCGCCGCCGGGUGACGCAGCAAGGGGAGCAGCAGCAGAUCGCAGACCCCUGCAGGCUCUCGACUACAACUCUGAAGUGUGUGCAGGCCCAGGCCACAAAAGAAGGGCUGGCCAAAGAAUCUGACGAAGGGGACAACAUGUGGACCCUCCUCAGCAGUCCCAGUAGGCACCACAUAGGAAUCUGUGCACUGGCCAGGAGCAUGGCAGCAUGGCAACAGAGACUCAUUCCGGACAUCACGGAACAACUCUUCCCGUCCCUGACCUCCUCCUCGGAGAACUACCGGAUAACGGGCGCAGCUUUCUUCUCUGAGCUCAUGAAGGAGCCAAUCCUUUGGAAGCACGGGAAUCUACGGGAUGUGCUGAUCUUGAUGGAUCAGAGUGCCUGGGACUCCAACGCCAUUCUGAGGCCAAUGGCCAUCUGAGGGCUCGGUAAUACCACUUCUGGAGCCCCUCACAAGGUAAAAGGACACAAGCAGAUAAUGUUAGAAUCUAUCGUCAGAGGCCUCUAUCACCUGGCCCGCACCAAGGUCAUCUGUGAAAGCUUGAAGGCUCUAAAAAAGAUCCUGGAGCUGCUCACAGACCGAGAUGUAAGCUUCUACUUCAAAGAAAUAGUGCUGCAAACAAGAACCUUCUUUGAAGACGAGCAGGAUGGUGUGAGGCUGACUGCCAUCCUCUUAUUUGAGAAUCUGGCAUCCCUAACAGGAAGAAGGUGGAAGAUUUUUUUUGCUGAAGAAAUAAAAAAGAGCAUGAUUUCGUUCCUUCUCCACCUCUGGGAUCUCAAUCCCAGGAUUAGAACUGCUUGCCGUGAUGUCCUGAUCAUCUGCAUUCCUUUUCUGGGCCUCCAGGAACUCUAUGGGGUAUUAGAUCAUCUCAUUGAUGGUCAGGAUCUACCAAGGGCCAGGGAUUUCUACAGGCAAUUCUGUGUGAAGCUGGCAAAGAAAAAACAAGAAAUCCUGUGGAUCCUCCACACACACUCAUUCACCUUCAGCAGCAGCUGGGAGCUGAUUAGGAGCACAGCCACCAAAUUCAGAGAUGCCACUGUUCUCAAUCUGACCUACCAAUAUGUGGAGUUAAUAGACAGAGAACAGCUGACCACACGACUCCAAGCACUUCGAAAAGACCCCUGCAUGAGUGUCCAGAGAGCAGCCGAAGCUGCCUUGCAGACCCUCUUGAGAAGGUGCAAAGAGAUGAGCAUCCAUCCGUAA